AAACCCCCGAAACUCCACCUUCCGGGCGCGCGGCGCGGAGCCGGGCGGUGGGAAUGGAGCGAGCAGAUUGAGGCCGCCACUGCAGCGCCGCCAGCAUGAACUUGGCCGCGAGCUAAAGCGGCCGGCGGCGGGCGGGCGCGGGGGCACCGGCCGCUAGCCAGGGGGUGAUCUGCAACAGGGCUGGGCUCCUUGGCGGCCGCCUGAGGCCAGGCUGCCCUCGCUGGCGGCCGCCCGCCCCUCGGACACUGCCCCCGCCGCCGCCGGAGCUCUGCAGCACGCCCUGUGUCUAGGUCGUUUGGGAAACGCCUUGGAGAGUCAAGAAUAAAAUUGCAGGUCAAACAAUGGAUGACUGGAAAAGUCGGCUUGUAAUCAAGAGCAUGCUUCCCCAUUUCGCCAUGGUGGGAAAUCGUCAGGAGCCCAGAAAGCUCCAGGAAUCGGGAAAGAAGCCCUCGUGGAUGGAGGAAGAAGAUUUAUCUUUUCUCUACAAGAGCAGCCCAGGAAGAAAGCACCAGGGAACUGUUAAGAGGAGACAAGAAGAAGACCACUUCCAGUUUCCAGACAUGGCUGAUGGGGGCUACCCUAAUAAAAUUAAGAGGCCUUGCCUUGAAGAUGUCACCCUUGCAAUGGGCCCAGGUGCCCAUCCUGGUACUGCCUGUGCAGAGCUGCAGGUCCCUCCAUUGACAAUGAAUCCUAGCCCUGCGGCUAUGGGAGUGGCUGGCCAGUCGUUACUGCUCGAGAACAGCCCUAUGAAUGGCAACAUCAUGGGCUCACCAUUUGUGGUACCACAGACUACAGAAGUGGGACUGAAAGGGCCUGCUGUUCCUUACUAUGAGAAAAUCAACAGCGUGCCGGCUGUAGACCAGGAGCUUCAAGAGCUGCUAGAGGAGCUCACCAAAAUUCAAGACCCUUCUCCAAAUGAGCUAGAUCUUGAGAAGAUACUGGGGACAAAGCCAGAAGAGCCACUGGUUUUAGAUCAUCCCCAGGCAACCGUAAGCGCAACUCCCAAGCCUUCGGUUCAGAUGUCACACUUGGAGAGCCUGGCUUCCAGCAAGGAGUUUGCUUCUAGUUGCAGCCAAGUUACUGGCAUGUCACUUCAGAUCCCGUCCUCCACAGGGAUCAACUAUUCGAUUCCUUCCACCAGUAAGCAGAUAGUGUCACCGAGUUCUUCAAUGGCACAGUCCAAGAGCCAGGCCCAGGCCAUGCUCCCUGUUGCUCUGCCCCCCUUACCAGUGCCUCAGUGGCAUCACGCCCACCAGCUGAAGGCACUGGCAGCCAGCAAGCAGGGGUCUGCUACGAAGCAGCAAGGGCCCACCGCCAGUUGGUCUGGUCUGCCUCCUCCAGGACUCUCUCCACCUUACCGCCCGGUGCCAUCGCCACACCCACCACCACCACAACUGCCGCCACCACCCCCACCAUUCAGCCCCCAGAGCCUCAUGGUGUCCUGCAUGUCGUCCAAUACUUUGUCGGGCAACACUCUCCGAGGCUCUCCCAAUGCCUUACUGUCAAGCAUGACGUCCAGCAGCAAUGCUGCCCUGGGGCCCACCAUGCCCUAUGCUCCUGAGAAGCUCCUCAGCCCUGCUCUCACUCAACAGCCGCAGUUCGGCCCUCAGAGCUCCCUUCUUGCCAACCUCGUGUCCUCUACCAUCAAAACCCCUCAAGGACACCUGAUGUCUGCUCUGCCCGCCAGCAACCCUGGGCCGUCCCCACCCUAUCGCCCAGAGAAGCUCUCCAGCCCAGGCUUGCCACAGCAGUCCUUCACCCCACAGUGCUCCCUGAUCCGAAGCCUCACUCCCACCAGUAAUCUUCUAAGCCAGCAGCAGCAGCAGCAACAGCAACAGCAGCAGCAGCAACAGCAACAGCAGCAGCAGCAGAAGCAGCAGCAGCAGCAGCAAGCAAAUGCGAUCUUUAAGCCCAUGAACAGCAACUCAUCCAAAACCCUGAGCAUGAUCAUGCAGCAGGGGAUGGCAAGCUCCAGCCCAGGAGCCACAGAGCCAUUUACUUUUGGCAACACCAAGCCCUUGUCCCAUUUUGUUUCUGAGCCGGGUCCCCAGAAGAUGCCCUCCAUGCCUGCCACCUCUAGGCAGCCUUCCCUGCUCCACUACCUGCAGCAGCCGACACCAACACAGGCCUCUUCAGCCACUGCCUCCUCCACAGCCACUGCCACCUUGCAGCUGCAGCAGCAGCAGCAGCAGCAGCAACAGCAGCAGCAACCUGACCAUUCAUCAUUCCUUCUGCAGCAGAUGAUGCAGCAACCCCAGCGUUUUCAGCGAUCAGUGGCCUCAGAUUCCAUGCCUGCUCCGCCCAGACAGGGCUGUUGCCAUCUGUUUGCAUGGACUUCUGCAGCUAGCUCGGUGAAGCCCCAGCAUCAACACGGGAACUCUUUCACUAGCAGGCAAGAUCCUCAGCCUGGAGACGUGUCAUCAUCUAACAUUACUCAUGUAGACAAAGCCUGCAAGCUUGGGGAAGCCAGGCCCCCCCAGGUCAGCCUCGGGCGACAGCCCCCAUCCUGCCAGGCCCUGGGGAGUGAGUCCUUCCUGCCCAGCAGCUCCUUUGCUCAUGAGCUGGCCAGAGUCACCUCCUCGUACAGCACCUCAGAGGCAGCGCCCUGGGGCAGCUGGGAUCCGAAGGCCUGGAGGCAGGUGCCUGCUCCACUACUGCCUAGCUGCGAUGCCGCAGCAAGAGGAACAGAGAUCAGGUCAUAUGGCAAUGACCCCUGAACGGCAGAAUGCAUAUAUCUCCCAACAGAUGAGUCCAUUUCAAGCCGUCCAAGAACAAGUCACCUCCAAGUGUAGCCGGAUCAAGGCAAGCCCCCCAUCUAGCAAGCACUUGAUGCCACCCAGAACUGGGCUCCUUCAGAACAAUCUGUGUCCAGGAAUGAUCCCACUCAGCAGGCACCAGAGCUGCGAGGGCACGGAAGUGAUCUCACCAACUCUGGGGAAGCGGCAAGGAAUUUUCACGUCCAGCUCCCAGUUUCCCAUCCCCUCACACUCAGGCCAGACUCCCCUGGGCAGUCUUGGCCCUGUCUGCCAGCACACGCAGAGUCCCAAGGCCACCCCACCAGAAGUGCCCCUGCCUGGGUUCUGUCCCAGCUCCCUGGGCACCCAGUCCUUGAGUCCCCACCAGCUCAGACGGCCUAGUGUGCCAAGAAUUCCCACUGUGUUUAACAAUGCUG